GACGCCAUCCGCACCGCAGCCAGUGCCCGUUGCUGGGGGCUCAUCUUGGGCACGUUGGGGCGACAGGGCUCCCCCAGCAUCCUGCAGCACCUGGAAUCACGUCUCCGUGCCCUGGAUCGGCCCUUCGUAAGGGUGCUGCUGUCUGAGAUCUUCCCCAGCAAGCUGCAGCUCUUCCCUGAUGUGGAUGCGUGGGUGCAGGUAGCCUGUCCCCGGCUCUCCAUCGACUGGGGAGAAGCCUUCAGCAAGCCACUGCUGACACCCUACGAGGCUGUGGUGGCUCUCCAGGACAUCGAGUGGCAGCAGCCUUACCCCAUGGACUUCUAUGCCAGCCAGUCCCUGGGGCCGUGGACGGUAAACCACGCCAGCACCCAGCCCCUGCGCCACGGCAGGGUGGCCCAGGGGAAGCCACCCGUGCCCCCCAACCCGGUGGAGGACGGGCACAGCACCCAUGAGGGUGAGCAGAGCACCGGUAAGGAUGAGCAGAGCACCAGCACCCCAGCAGCUUCCUGAGCACAGCCUGCACCCCAGCCUGGUGUCGCCACGCUCUGGGACCCGGUGUGGGCACAGUGGGUGGCACUACCAUUCCCCCUCCUCGACGGUAAGCACCACCGGGGGCUGCCGGUACCAGCACCGGCAUGGAUGGGGCUGCACCCCAUCCCUCGGCAGUACACGGACGACGGUACAAUGAACGACCCAUCCCGGCUGCCCGCAAGGCCAGGCUGUGCCCGCGGUCGCACCGGGCGUCCCAUCCCGCACCACCGGGGCCGCCCCUUCGCUCCCCGACCACCGGUACCCGCUCCGCGACCUCCCGCCACCAGGGGGCGCUCUAUCCCUCCGCGCUAUCCAAUGAGCGCGAAGCGUUUCGGCGGGAAAAGGAGCGGGAGCAGCCGGAAGUGUCUCAGUUGGCUUCCGGCGGCGGAGGGAGCCAUGUCGGAGCGGAGGGUCCUGCGGCUGCUGGCGCUGCACGGCUACCGGCAGAGCGGGCCGCGGUUCCGGCAGCGCACCGGCGCGCUGCGCAAGGCCCUGCGGGGCCGCGCCGAGCUGGUGGCGCUCAGCGCGCCUCACCCCGUGCCCGGCGGCGCCGAGGACAGCGACGGGGACGACCCCCCCCGCGGUUGGUGGUUCUCCGGGCCCGGCACCUUUGAGGCGGCGGAAGCGGCGGCGGAGCCGGAGGGACUGGAGGAGUCGCUGUCGGCCGUAGCGGCGGCGCUGGCGGAGCACGGGCCCUUUGACGGGCUGUUGGGCUUCAGCCAAGGCGCGGCGCUGGCCGCUAUGGUGUGCGCGCUGCGGGCCCGCGGGGACCCCCGCUUCCCGGUGGCUUUCGCCAUCCUGGUGGCCGGCUUUGCCAGCCGAGCCCCGGCCCACGGGCACUUCUACCGGGAGCCCAUCGCCCUGCCCACGCUGCACGUUGUGGGGGACACGGACGCUGUCAUCGCAGCCCCUCUCAGCAGGGAGCUGGCCCAGCACUUUGUGGAGCCCGUUGUCCUCAGCCACCCCGGUGGGCACUUCGUCCCUGCGGCUGCGCCACAGAGGAAGGUCUAUCUGGACUUCUUGGACCGAUUCUGCCCUGGACAGGGACAGGCUGAGCCCCUGCAGGAUGGGGUGGUUUGAUGACAGGCUCUGUAAUAAACGGUGCUCCGGUGAGCUGUGUGCGGCUGUGUGAUGGUGGCAGAUCACCGUGUUUGUGCCCUCCAGAGGGGCCAGAGAGCCCUCAUCUCCCCACUGCUGCUCUGCAGUGGUAGCCCAGGCUGAAUGGCUCUUCAUCAUCUCCCUGUUGUAGAUAUGUUCUAGAUAUAUAGAUCUAAGUAGAUAUGCUAUAGUUACAUAGAUAUGAGGUAUGUGUGGGUAUGAUGGUGAGGAGGUUGAGGCCAGGAGGGUGACCCUGCUGUGUGUGAGGUGCUCUGAGGCUUCAAUAGCCAUUUAAAAUCAGGGUUCCCCAGCUCAGCCACAGCAAAGGUGGGCAGAGCUCCUGCAGCUCUUACACCCCAAAGGUUCCUGUGCUUUAAUAUCACUGGUGGAAGCUUUAAGCCAACCUUCCAGCUGGUCUGGGUCUGUAAAACCUCUCAUGUGUGGCUGGUGUUCCUUUCAGGAAUGAAAUACCUGCUGGUUCAGCAUGUUGGGACCUUUUGUAUCUUCCUGUGUACAAAGUGCCUUUGUGACCAAGAAGAACUUGUCGCUGUGCUUUUGGUUCCUCUGUUUUUCCAGAAACAUGGAAAUCUUUUAUUGUUAUCAUUCCA